GUACUGAGAGACUGUUAAAACAACAGGUGUGCCAUUGCCAGAGGAUUCUCUCAAAUCUUUGUCCGAGUCAGAGUGAGGCCCUUUUAUUCAGAUAAUGCCUUGGCUGAUUUCUGCACCAUCCUCACCUUCGUAUCUCAGCGUACGCCUCCAUAACAAUACGUUUUUCUCCGCUCGAGUUUUCUCGGAAAGAUCAAGAGGCCUUCUAAUCUAUCGGCGUAAUCAACACAAAAGCAAUUCUAAAAAUUGUGCAUACUACACGGUGAAGUGCCAAAUUGCCAGGGUGAAUGAGGGUUCUUCCUCAAGCCCUGUUACGUUGAUCAACGAACCUCACAAGUAUUUUGAUCAGGCUAUCAUCACAGUCCGUGCUGGAGAUGGAGGCCACGGUGCCAUUCUUAACAUGCCUAACCAGAGAGCUGGUAAGUCUCAAGGAAAGCAUGAAAAGGAGAAGACACGGAGGAAAAGCUUGUAUAAAAGGGAUUUUGAUGGGUCACUUAUCCUUCCUAUGGGCGGGCAUGGAGGGGAUGUAGUGAUAUAUGCAGACGAAGGGAAAGAUACAUUAUUGGAAUUUCACAAGAAAGGCCGAUAUAAUGCAAAGCGUGGUGGAAAUGUUGAUGCAAUGGGUGUUUUGACUUCCCAGUUGCACAACGGACUUGCUGCACCAACUUUGCGCAUUCCUGUGCCUGUAGGUACAGUUGUGAAACGUAAGCGGGGGAAGUUGUUGGCUGAUCUGGCACAUCCAGGUGAUGAAGUCCUAGUUGCUAGGGGCGGGCAAGGAGGGAUUAGCUUGGUAGAAAUGCCAGAGCAUCGAAGGAAAAAGCUGAUGGCUUUGACCACAAAUGUGAUGAGAGAUGACAGUGAUAAGGUUUUAGUUCUUGGUCAACCCGGGGAGGAAGUUAGUUUGGAGUUGAUUCUACGCAUUGUUGCUGAUGUUGGUUUAGUUGGACUCCCAAAUGCUGGAAAAUCAACCCUUUUGGCUGCCAUUACUCUUGCAAAACCUGAUAUUGCUGACUAUCCUUUCACCACAUUAAUGCCAAACCUUGGACGCCUUGAUGGUGAUCCUAGUUUAGGAGCGCGGAUGUACUCAUCUGAGGCAACAUUGGCUGAUUUGCCUGGUCUUAUAGAGGGUGCUCAUCUAGGGAAGGGUCUUGGUCGCAACUUCUUGAGGCAUCUAAGGAGGACUCGGCUCUUGGUCCAUGUUGUUGAUGCAGCUGCUGAUAACCCUGUAAAUGACUACAGAACAGUAAAAGAAGAAUUGCGAAUGUACAAUCCUGAUUACCUUGAACGACCAUUCAUUGUGGUGCUAAAUAAGAUUGACCUUCCAGAGGCAAGAGACAGGCUUUCAUCUUUGACUGAAAAAAUAAUGAGGAUCGGAAGUGAUGGUGCAUCUUCUAAGCCAGAAACGAGCUCUGACAAUGUUCUUCAAUUGCUUGCCAGUGAAGCCCCGCAUGCAGAUGUAUCUUCUCCAGGGAUUCAAAGUAAGGAUGAGAAGGACAAAGAAAUCGAGGACUAUCCACGCCCCCUUGCAGUUGUAGGAGUUAGUGUCCUGAAAGGUAUCAGGAUAAAUGAGAUGUUGAAGGAGAUAAGGGCAGCCCUGAAGAAGUGCAGAGAUCCCGAUGAAGCUUUGAAGUUGGGCGCGCGAUCAUGAGAUUGGCCUUCAAGGCUCCAUCAAUUUACACCGGCUCUUUUAUGGGUUUUGAUCAUUUUGGUCCAGCUAUCACUGUACCCGGGAAAUUUUCAUUUUCUUGUAAAUGCCAGUUAGGUUGCUUUUGGAUGUUAAA